AUGGCUCAUAAUUUGUGGUUUGAUGACGACGUUAUGGAGAGAGCUAUGAGAAGGGAAAGGGUUUUUAGGGACCGCAGUAACCUACUGGAAAUAUAUAAUAAUGAGGACUUUAUCGGUCGGUUUCGUUUGCCCAAGGAAGCUAUACUGAGUCUGACAGAUGAAUUAGCUGAAGUACUGAGCCCUGCCACUUCAAGAAGCCACAGCAUCCCAGCAGUGCUACAGGUUUGCACUGCGUUGAGAUUUUAUGCAACAGGAACGUUUCUGAAUGCUGUUGGUGACACAGUGGGCCUCAGCAAAGCUUCUGUGUCACGGGUGGUAUACAGGGUAUCAAGGGCACUUUCAAAUAAGCUCCCUCAGUUUCCAAACCAACUGGCUGAGCUGAACAGAGUCAAAAGAGGGUUCUUCAGCAUAGCAAGAUUUCCCAAUGUUGUUGGAGCAAUUGAUGGGACACAUGUCAGAAUCCAGGCUCCAACAGCUCAUGAACAUUUGUUUGUGAAUAGAAAAGGAUAUCACAGCCUAAACAUUCAGGCUGUUUGUGAUUCUGAUCUCCGGUUCCUCAACUGUGUGGCGCGCUGGCCUGGAUCAAUUCAUGACUCUCGAAUUCUUCAAAAUUCUCAACUUUUCCGUGCAUUUGAGCAAGGCAUUAUCGAUGGGGUCCUGUUGGGGGACUCUGGCUACCCUCUAAAACCUUGGCUCCUAACUCCCUUCCUGAAUCCUACUACACCUGCACAGAGAAACUACAACGCAGCACACUGUUCAACUCGUAACACUGUAGAGCGGGCAUUUGGUGUACUGAAGAGGCGUUUCCAUUGUCUACAUGGGGAAUUGCGAAUGGCACCUGACAGAGUGUGUAACAUCAUCUGUGCGACUGUUGUGCUGCAUAACAUAGCGAGGGAUCUCCGGCUACCUGACCCUCAAGGAGAGGAUAUCAGAGAUGACAAUCACAAUGAACUGGAGGACAGAGAAGAUUUAGAGGAGCAGAAUGGAACCGGUCGAUAUGUAGCGUCAGAUGUAUGUUGA